AAGAAACGAAAAAGAAUAACUAAAUAGGUCAUCCAGGUGUAAUGUGUGUGUGUGUAUGUGGUGAUAUUGACCCUGUUGCAUUUUGAUAAUUAUAAGGUUUAAGUUGUGUCAUAUCAGGUCAGAUGGAAAAUUAAAAGGUACCAAAAAAAGGUUGCUUUGUUUACGAUUUUGUUUGUUUCUGUUGUUGUUGUUUAUGUGCAAUAUAUGAAUAUUAUGUAACUACGGUGACUAAAAUGUCAAUUCUAGAUAAAUCAUCGCAUAAAAUAUUCGAUGAACAAGGAUCACGACUGCUUGUGGAAUAUGAAAAAAACAAAUCAUCAAAUAAUAACCCUCAUUUACCACCAUGGUUUAAUUUGAAAAAAUUUCGUCGUAUAAAACCUCUUGUUAAUCAAUAUUUUUUCAGUAUUUUUCUAGCACAUUUUUGUGGUCUAUUAAUAUUAGUUUUUAUUCGUUCCAUUUAUCAAACAUUAUCCAAAACGGGUAAAUCAAAAAAUUUAGUUACAAUAUUUUAUCGUUAUCUUCAUACAUGUUUAUUCGUGAAAAAAUGGUAUGAAGGACAGAUUUGGAUUGAAAAUGAUCCUGCAUAUCAAUCAUUACAAAUGGUUAAAAACAUGCAUCAAACAGUAUCAGAUCAACAGAAUAAAGGAAGAAUCGAUGAAAAUGAUGAAAAAUCCAUCUCAUUACGUGAUAUGACAUUAACACAGUUUGCAUUUGCUGGCCUGUUAGUAUUAUCACCGAAAAAAUAUGGUUUUAGCAACCGUAAAGAAGAUAUUGAAACAAUGAUUUAUUUUUGGUCGGUAAUCGGUUAUAUGUUGGGUAUUGAUGAUGAUUAUAAUCUAUUCAUUGGUGAUGAUGUGGAAACUAUUCGACAAAGAUGUUGGGUAAUAUUCCGGGAAAAUUUUCGUCCAUCAUUAUUAUCAGUCGCUGAUACUACCACCAAUGAUAAUGAUGAUGAUCGUAUCCGAAUGGCCCGACAAAUAAUUGAAUCAUCAAAUCAAUAUAUUUAUGGUUUACGUUACGGUUCUUGUAUGAAAUUCAUUUGGCAAUCAUUACAAAUAGAAUCCGAAUAUCCGUUAUUAAAUCGUGAAGAAAAAUUUUGGUAUUAUCAAAUGAAAAUUGUUAUUGAAAAAUGUUAUCAAUUCACCAUUGUUAGAUUUUUAUUGAAUCAACUAUUACGUUUAUCAUUUUAUUUAAUGCAAUUUGAUUUCAUGCGAGGAUUUAAAAUCAGACAAUUAUCCCAAAUGGAUCAUCAAGUGUUAACCAAAUCACCAAAACUAAUUCAAUGAUGAACAUUUCUGGUUUCAAUUUUAUGAAAUAAUAAUUGCAAUACAUUUGGAUGUUGUUUCCAAUUUCUGUUUUGGUGGCCAUCGACAUUACCAUUA